AUGCAAGAAGGUGUGCGCAGACUAGGAAACAAAAGGACAUUGUACAGAAGCAGCCGAUGUUUGAUCGUCUUUGGUGCUCUUCUACUGUGCGACUCUCGCGUCGCUGAAUCCGAUAAUAAUGCAUUCCUUGAUCUCUUCGAAGGUUACUUGCCCAACCAAAUGAUAUACUCAAGAAAGAUGAAAGACCAGAAAUUGGUUGCGAAGUCGGGGUCACACUCGAGGACACAGAAAAGCUCAACUGCGCAGCCGCCGAGUCUUACCUCAAGGUCAUCGAGAAGCUGGCACAGCGGAAAGACCGCUCGAUAUUUCUGCUCACAAUCCAGACCCAAAAUGCAGAUUUUCCUGAAAGAUGAAGAUGUCCGAGAAGCCGCCUUACGAAACGCAAUUUCCUGUGCUGAAUAUGCCGAAUGUCGUACCUGA